AUGAGCAUUAUGAACAACUACAGAGACAAUCUCGUUGAAAAGGUUGGCGGACAAAGCCAAUUCGAGUAUAUCGUCAUCAAGUAUUGCGAAGGCAUUCAAGACGACAGCAGCGUCCAAACGUUUUUUGCGGACAUGGACCUCAACGGUCUGAUUGACCUUCAAAAAGAAUUCUUGAACGCUGCCUUGUUGGAUCUAAAUCAAGAAGAAGCACAAGCUGCCAUGGGCCGUUUGGCCAUGAAGCACCAACACUUGUGGAGUGGCCUUGAAGAACGCCACUUUGAUGUGCUAAAGGCACAUUUCAUCGAAGCCCUUCGCGAUUGCUGGGUCGAAGAGAAGUACGUUGCUCUCUUUGACAAGCACUAUGACAGUCUAAGACCGCUAUUCCAACAAGCUGGUGGCAAGACCAAUAACAAAGACACUGCCGAGCGCAUUCACAUUCACAGUUCCAUGGCUCAACGAAGCGUUAUGCGCAAUAAUCGUUUGGGUGCUGGAAUGCCCGGAAAUCCAAGAACAUAA